AUGGCGUUCAUCACACUGCAUCGACGCGAGGGCGGCGUGACCAAGACGGAUAGAACCAUUGCAAGCAAGUCUCGCUUCAACAUGCACGGUGCUUCUUUGACUGAUGAUGCUCUGGUGUUUGCAGUGUGA